UAUUUUCACCCCUCCAAUUUCCUCCACAAUUCCUCUGCUUCCACAAAGAGCUAUAAGUACCACCUUUUCAACAACUAAAUUAGUAGUAGCAAAAAGGGGUGUGGAUUCCAUCCAUGGCUUCUCUUUGGCUAGCUCUUGCAGUAGUUGCCUUGUUUAUUCUUCUUCUUCAUGAACUGCAGAAGAAGUUCAGUAAAAAUAAGAAGAAACUUCCUCCGGGGCCAAGAGGGCUUCCACUUCUUGGAAAUCUACACAUGGUAGGCGAGAAUCUUCACCAAGAUCUUUAUAAAAUAGCCAAGAAAUAUGGCCCAAUAAUGACUAUCCGCUUUGGUCUUGUACCUGUCAUUGUUGCUUCCUCUCCUCAUGCAGCAGAACAGUUCUUGAAGAAUCAUGAUUUGGUUUUUGCCAGCAGACCGUAUAAUGAAGUUCCUCAGCACAUUUUCUAUGAACGGAGGAAUCUGGUCUCAGCCAAGUACGGACCAUAUUGGAGAAACAUGCGCAAAUUGUGCACUCUGCAAUUGCUAAGCAAUGCCAAGAUCCAUCAAUUUCAGCCUAUGAGGAAACAAGAACUCGGAAUUCUUGUGAAUUUCCUCAAACAUGCGGCAUCUGAAGGCACUGUGAUUGAUCUUAGUGCUAAAGUUGCAUCUCUUAGUGCGAACAUGUCUUGUCUGAUGAUAUUUGGGAAGAAGUACAUGGACGAGGAUCUUGGCGAUAAGGGUUUCAAAGCUCUGAUUCAAGAUAUACUGCACAUAGCAGCAUUACCAAAUUUUGCUGAAUUCUUUCCCUUUCUUCGUGUUCUUGAUCUCCAGGGAUUUGCUCGUCGUAUGAAGGAAUUAGCUAAGCUUUUUGAUGAGUUCCUGGAGAGAGUUAUUGAUGAACAUGUUCAAUCCACUGAGCAGAAGCAAGCAAAGGACAUGGUCGAUACACUGAUGAGUAUUAUGCAAUCUAAAGAAGCUGAAUUCGAGUUUGAUCGUCGCCAUAUAAAAGCUAUUUUGCUGGACUUGCUGAUAGCUUCAAUGGAUACUUCAUCAACAACAAUCGAAUGGACUGUAACGGAACUUUUAAGGCAUCCUAAAGUGAUGAAAAAAGUCCAGAAUGAGUUGGAACAAGUAGUUGGUAAAAACAGGAUGGUGGAAGAAUCAGAUUUAGAAAGUCUGGAGUAUUUGGAUAUGGUCAUAAAAGAAGGUUGUAGGCUCCAUCCAGUUGCACCAUUAUUGCUUCCUCAUGAGUCUAUUGAAGAUUGCACGGUUGAUGGUUUUCAUUUACCUAAAGGAUCGCGACUUUUGCUUAAUGUUUGGGCAAUCGGGAGAGAUUCAGACACUUGGCUUGAGCCACAAAAGUUCAAACCUGAGAGGUUUCAAGGAAGCAAUGUUGAUCUCAGAGGACGAAAUUAUGAACUUUUACCAUUUGGCUCGGGUAGAAGAGGCUGCCCUGGUUUGCAGUUAGGGCUCACCAUCGUCCGUUUGGUGAUCGCACAAUUGGUUCAUUGCUUUGAUUGGGAGCUACCAAACGGUAUGCUGCCAAAAGAUAUUGACAUGACGGAAAAAUUUGGAUUAGUAACAGCUAGAGCUCAGCAUCUAAUGGCGAUUCCUACUUAUCGAUUGCAUAUGAAGUAAAAUGCAAAUGUCAAAAUAAGUCAAUGAGAUGGACUUCCUUUUAGUUUGAAUAAGAUGAGGAUUAAGACAAAAAAGGAGGCUUGCGGGAAACUCCUUGCCAAGGGCCUGUGCACCCGGGAUUAGUCGGGGCUCUUAGAGACUCGAAGUGCAAAUCAAAAAAAAAAAAAAAGACAAAAAAGGAGGCAUUUGUUUUAUUUCCUAUAGUAUGUUGAACGUAUUUUCGAACAAGUACCUUUCUUAUAUUUCUUCUAUGUUUGCCUUAAGAAACACCAUAACAUAAAUAGCGUAUCUAAGUUCAAGUCAUUGGCUCAUAAAUAUAUGUACACGACAAUAUAUAGA